CGGGAGCAGACUAGCGCACCGGAAGCUGUACCUAGCAAGGUGUCGGCGAGGAUUCAUACAGCUAGGGGCCUUUUAGCGAGUUGGAAAGGCCGCCAUAGUCGCCAUCGCCAUGCUACUCUCCGCUGUUUGCCUUGCCAAGAGCAAGUCAAAGACCCUCCUUGUGAAAAUGUUGAGCCAAGCAGGGACAGGUUACACCUUCAACACCAAGAGAAGCCGGUUACGAGAGAAACUGGUCCUUCUGCAUUUCGAUCCAAUUGUGAAGAAACGGGUCCUCUUUGUGGAGAAGAAAAAAGUGCGCUCCAUUUAAACAAUGGAUUGAAAAUGAAUUUGAUUUAUAAAUGAGGAAGACUCUUGGGGGGGGAAACACUGAUUCAGAGAUCCUGAAGUAUGUGCCCAAAGGAAAGGAAGUGGCUUGGAAUCACCGCCUCCUGUGAUUUGGAUGCCAUUGUGAAGGAAAACAAUGCAUUGAAAGAAAAUUCUUCACUGUAGGACAGAGAUCAUUGCAUCAACAUUUAUUUAUCUUUAUGGUUAUUUUUACAGCUGUCAAUAAAAAAAAUACUUAAAUAGCUAGGA